AUGAUCUCUUGCAGCCCUUUACAGUGGUUGAAUAUUUCCACAGCGCCAAAAAAAGGACAGAAGAUGUCGCUCAAUGCCUUCUUAGAUGAUGGCAAGCUGGGAUCAUGGGCGGAUGAAAUGGACGCAAUGUUGCCGACUGCUCCGGCACCGAGGAGUGACGAUGGGCUAGGCAGGGAUUACAGAGGCAGAGAUGACUUUCUCUCUACGCGACCUGACCGUGCUCCGUUGGCCCCUCGAGAAGAUGUUCCGCUCCCAACACAACCACCGUUCACCGCUUUCGUCGGAAAUCUGGCAUUUGACCUCGAAGAAGCUGAUUUGGGUGCUUUCUUUGGUACUCCGGAGGUCAAAGAGGCCAAAAUCAUUCGUGAUCGCGAGGAAAAACCGAAGGGCUUCGGUUAUGUUGAGUUCUUUACUGUAGACGGUUUGAAAGAUGCUCUUACAAAGAAUGGGGUUUCUUUCCACAGUCGGUCGAUUCGAGUAAAUGUAGCAGACCCACCGAAAGAGCGAGAACGUGGACGUGGGUUUGGACAAUCGGAUGAUGAUAAAUUCGCAGGCCCAUGGCGUCGUGAUGGUCCUCUCCCUGAUCUCGGCCGCGACUCUGGGAACCGCCGACGCUAUGAUGGGCUUCCAUCGGAGAACCGCGAGGCCGUCUCGGACACCAACGCUGACUGGCGUUCUAACCGUCCUCCCCCUCGCUUCCCUAUUGAGACUGACGCGCCACCCGUCCGAAGGCGUGGCUCGGGCUUCUCGACGCCUACACAUGAAGGAGAAGCGAGCCCUGCUGAUGCGGAAGAAAAAUGGACUAUUGGAGGCAAGUUCAGACCGAGCCCGAGUUCUGACAAUCAGCCGGGCGGUCGGUUCGGUUCAGUAAGGGGGCGAGGAGACAUGGGACCGCCACCGCCGGUCGCUGACGAAGGCCCUUGGCGGCGAAAACCCGCAGCCGGUAGUACUUCACCGAGCAACUCCCUUCCCCCUACCCCUCAACUAGCUCGUAGGAAGCUUGAGCUUCUGCCUCGUUCGACUAGUGGCUCUUCUCAAGCAACUCCUCUCUCUUCUCCUCAGUCCGCUAACUUUUCCUCCUCGAAGCCUAACCCAUUCGGUGCCGCCAGGCCUGUAGAUGUAUCAGCGCGCGAAGCAGCGGCAAUGGAGAAGAUCGAAAAGGAGAAAGAGAGGAUAGCACAGCACUCAAUGUCACGUCAGAGUUCGCGACAGCCGCGAGGACGACCUGGUAGCGGAAGAGGUGAAGCAGGGACACGCUCCCCGUCUACCACACCCGCGACGGUUGCUGACGAGAGUGCUGCACCUGGCUCUCCACCCUCGUCAAACGCAUCUCCGGUGCCAGCUUCGGCGGCGGCACCAUCUGCGAACGUUCGACCGUCAUUCAGCUUCGCGAAGGCUGCUGCGGCGAAGAAGGAAGUUGCUCUUCCCUCAGGCUCCGAGCCUUCAACACAACAGAGUGAAGCAGAAAAAGAUACCAGCGCUGACGCUGACAAAGUGGCUGAAAAGCUCGCUGAAGUAAACGUGUGA